UAAAAUGUAAUUCUGCGAAUAAUUUUCCUGUAGUAUUUUAUUCGAAAGAUAAGCCUGCUUUGGUACAAACUGCUGUUAAACGCACUGUAUGUGUUUCCCAGUAUAAAGGACCCCGUCCAGUGCAUUGGUGGAAGCUUUUCAUUUCCAGUUUUGCUUUCGCACUUCACGCUUUGGUGGGUGCGUUUACUCCGACGGUCGUCAGUUUUAAAGUGUGCAAAAAAAUAUAACCCCGAAAAAGUUUUGCUACGAAACAAACAAGCAGCAAUUCGUGUACAUUGUGUGAAACAAAAGUGACGGUGACUCCAGAAUAAAGGUUGUUUUGCUGAAGCUGUCUCCCAGUGUGCGUGUAUUUCUUUUUGCUGCUUCCUUGUGCGGACAACGGCAGAGCACACUUGAUAAACACGAAGAUUCUGUGCAUCUCGAUUGGAUUCGUCGAUCAUACCCGGAAAGUGGUACCACAGUAGCAUAUUGCUGCUUCCCAUCUAAAGAGAGCUUAAACCAGAAACACAAAAAGGACUGUCAUCAGCCCUAUCUGCCAGCGAACGAGAAGAGAAUAGUUCAGUAUUGGACGUUUUAUUGUUAUUGCGUCGGAAAUAGUCGUACAGUUGUUUAAGUGACCGUCUCGUUGGCACCACGCAACCAAAUUCGAGCUUACACGCUUGAGUUCGCCAGCAGAAGAACAUCAUCACACACACGUCGCAUUAUUCAACACUGGUUGACCAUGGACAACUUGCGAAAUCUGUUCGGCCAAGUGUCUGCCAUGACGUCAAUGAAACCAUCAACGGCGAGCCCCUCGUAUUCGGCUUCGUCGUCUUCGGCGGGUGGUAGCGGUGGGCCCGGCAGCCGAUCCGGUUCUGUUGGCGGAGGAGUCAAUGGGACCAUGAGAACUCAUAAAGCGGCCGAUCGGGAUAGUUACUACUACAUCAUGUGGCGUUCCUAGUUUCGUAAAGAGGAACGGUUUAAGCUCUACUUCCUCACAAGUUCCGCUUCAACGACAUAGCUACUUGAAAGUGCCGAGAUAUUAACCAUUCUACGUACACAUCUAUUCGCCACACCUACACACAAGCACACCGUUCGUGCAAAUCGGUUGCGCCUUUCGCUGGAAGAACGACACCGGGCGGGCGUCCGGAUCAAAGUGAACUGCUGAACAAUAUAAUGUCACUAUCGCUGCUAGGUGCCAACACGGUCUGGAUGAUGGCAAUCUGGGCCGGUUUGCUGCUCGUAUUCAGCCCGGUUCUGUUCGUGGUGAGCGUAUGUCUGCCGGAGUUGCCCUUAUUGCUCAUUAGACGGCUGCAUUACAUCCCGUUCGAUUCCGUUUGAUCGCCAAUGGCUCCGGUGGAAGGGGGAAAAGGCGCAGGCACAAUGGUUCCGUAGUAGGCAGCACGGUUAAUAGCACGCAUGGAUAGAUUAGGGGGCAUGAGUAGCUUCUUCGAUCCUGUGUAGUAGGUACGUGGGCGGCUAGCUUUGUAUCGGCUUCGGUCUGAUCGGUGCCUUGUGCGGAAGUGCGAAAAGGGAAACCAGGGACACACACACACACACUCCUCAGAGACUGCUUAUUUAUUCUAGUGAGACAAUACAAAGACAGCUAAAUUAAUUUAUCGGUAGGAGGAAGGACAAAGGGCAGGAUUGAAGUGAUAGCUAAGAAUAGGACGGAUAACACGCGUCAUGCUUGAGACGCACGAAAAAGUGCCUAUGCAAUUCGCCUGUGUUUAUGUGCGUUCGACCGUACGUACCUGUCGUCCCCGGAGGCCAUUAGCGUAAUUAAACACUUAUAUUGCUGUACGCUACAGGCUCAUUACUGGUCCAUCUGCAUUCUCUUAAAUUCAUCGUAAUAAUGUAAUCUGCUGCUGCAGGACGAGCUGGAUGGUAUUUUCAUCCGGCAAUCUUAAAAGGCAGACCAGAAUGAAUCCGUCGCAUAUACGAUGAGCAAGCGUUGGCAAUGCACAGGCGAGUCCUAUCCAGUGAGCGUUCGGCACUGUAUGUCAAGGCUGAUUAAUUUUUCUACAUUAGAAAGCGCAAAGCAACAGAACAGCGAAGCGCCUCCAUCACAACGCGCUUCAAUAUUGGAACGAGUGCCUUAAAUGAAAGAAAGAUUGAAAGUUUGAUUUAUACUCCGCGAAUAACGAUGAUGAUAUUUUGACACCAUUUUUUGUACAUUCUUAUACCUAAGUAUUAUAUACACAUGUGA